AUGGAUUGGCCUGCCCUGCCCACCGAAAUCCACCACGGAAUUAUGCACGCGUUAGAUGACGAUAUCAAAACAUUUUGGGACUACGCAUGCGUAUGCAAAUCAUUUUGGCGGGCCGCAGAAAACUUUUCCAAGCAAUGGCCUCGUGUCAAUUUGAAGAUAAGCCCAGCUCAUGUCGAAACCUUCUACUCGGAUGAGCGAUUCAUUGUCGAAUCGGAAAUGCUGCAAAAUAUGCUAUUCUCAAAUUCCGUUGUCGAUACACUAAUCAUUUCCGCUGGCCGGCUAGCCAUUCGAGAGCUUAAAGCAAUGAAGAUUCAUUUCGAAGAAACAGACUCAAAUGCUUUGCAAAUACUGAACGAAUGCAAGCCAUCUGGGAAAUACGAACUUGUCACACUUGGCGGAGUCGAUGAUCGAAAGGUUGUAGAUUUUCUGUAUGAAGCUGCCGCGAAGGUGCAACUUUUAUUCCAAUAUCGAUGGAACUUUACCACAAAGUUUUUAAUGGUGAAGAAUCCGCGGAUACGUGCUGAUGGGUGUCGACAGCGAUUGGAUAAUAUCAUGGAGUAUGCGAGGCGUAUGGUGGAUGAAUGGUGGAACGGGCUGAGGAAGAUUGAGUAUGUCGAACUGGUUAGGAUACCACCGAUCUCCAGAUGGCCCCCGGGUAUCGCUCGAUUCACCAUGUCAGUCAAUACAGCCUACAAACAACAGGCCAAGGUCGAAAGGCCGGACGGCAAAAAACUAUCCCUACGCUACUUUUCGCGGGCCCCACCUGCCACAUUUGGUUACACUUUUCUUUCCGAGAUU